AUGGGUAAAAAUACUACAUGUGGCAUUGGAUAUGGCCUGGUCUGGAACACCUGGGGCCCUAUCCAGAACUCGGCGCGCCAGGCCUAUGGCUUCUCCAGCUGGGACAUCGCGCUGCUUGUGCUGUGGGGGCCCAUUGGCUUCCUGCCCUGCUUCGCGUUCAUGUGGCUCCUGGACAAGAGAGGACUUCGGGUGACUGUGCUUCUGACGUCGUUCCUUAUGGUUUUGGGAACUGGUCUAAGAUGCAUACCUAUAUCAGACUUAAUGCUGAAAAGACGAUUAAUCCAUGGAGGACAGAUGUUAAAUGGAUUGGCAGGUCCAACUGUAAUGAAUGCUGCACCAUUCCUCUCCACAACCUGGUUUUCUGCGGAUGAACGGGCCACUGCCACAGCAAUUGCUUCCAUGCUCAGUUAUCUGGGUGGGGCAUGUGCAUUUUUAGUUGGACCUCUUGUUGUUCCAGCUCCCAAUGGGACUUCACCUCUUCUUACUGCAGAGAGCAGCAGGGCUCAUAUUAAAGACAGCAUUGAGACUGUGUUGUAUGCAGGUAAUUUGAAGUCUUUUCCUGAUAAUACUUUAGUCUAUUCUUUGUAUACCAGAUCACCUCAAAUGAAAUAUAAAGUGUUACAUAACACAUAUUCUAAUGCCUUUUCUAAAUAUCAUACCCAGUUUGUAAAACUACACAUCAUGGUUGACUACAAACAUUUGUCAAGCAUAAUUGGUUCAGAUAGAAUUAAUAGAACAGUGUUUCUUUUCAGGUUUGCAGAUUUUAUCCGGGGUAUGCUGAAGCUAAUUCUUCUCCUCCUAUUUUCUGGGGCUACACUGUCAUCCACAUGGUUCACCCUGACCUGUUUGAACAGUAUCACACACCUGCCUUUGACUACAGUGACAUUGUAUGCCUCCUGUAUUCUCCUGGGAGUGUUCUUGAAUAGCAGUGUACCUAUAUUUUUUGAGCUUUUUGUGGAAACUGUCUACCCAGUUCCAGAAGGAAUUACUUGUGGAGUCGUCACUUUUUUAAGUAAUAUGUUCAUGGGAGUACUUUUAUUUUUUCUCACAUUUUAUCAUACAGAGUUGUCUUGGUUCAACUGGUGCCUUCCCGGGUCGUGUUUGCUCAGUCUCCUCCUCAUUCUGUGCUUCAGGGAAUCCUAUGACAGACUUUAUCUUGAUGUGGUUGUCUCAGUUUAAUAGCACAGACUCGAGGGAGUUUGAAUGGAGACUGGAAAUCAAUACUGCACACUGCAGAUUUGCUUGGAAUUGCACAUCUAACAGGAAAAAAGGAGAAGAAAGAAACUUCAUUCAGAGGUUUUGUUAGGUUACAGAUUAUUGCAUUAAUUUAACUACUACUAGGUAAUAAUAAUGUGGGACUUGAGUGGUAAUAGGGGAUUUUAAAACUCUACAAGUGGCAUACCUGUGCCCAAUUCUGGGGUUGGAAGAGUGACGUCUUACACAUUCAGCACUACCUAAGGAAUUCCCUCUGUGUUUUGUGCCAGUGCUAAACUACUGAUAAACUGUAAUUAUGAAAAGAAAAGAAGGCAUCUAUCACAUGAAGAUAACGCCUCCUGAGGUCACAUGACAGAAUAGGAAGAAAUGCCACUAACUUCUAAAGAAGUUUAAACCCUGUAUCAGAUUUUAAUGACAAAAUAGCCAACAGUAUAUCGAUAAUAGAAAUUAGCCACGUGUACACUACAUGUUUUUUCUAAUAAAAGCCAUUUCUUAUA